AGCGAUAAGAUAAGCCAUAGGCAGCCACAAAUAAUAUCAACUGGCCAUGGGUCUGAUGGCUCAUUGCGGUGGCUCGAUUCAAGAAAUUCGGUCGAUAAUAGUAACGGCCAAAGAUUUAAAAAGCCAAUAUUCGAGGCCCUACCUUACAUAUAAUUCGUUUUUUCCAUAACGCUGAAGAAAUGGCUAAAAUCUGGGUGGCCAUAUCGCUAUUCCUAGGCGUUCUGGCAUCCGGCGAAAAUCUUGGAGCUGGAAGCAUAGAGCCCAAGAUUGUGGGCGGUAGUGCGACAAGUAUAGAACAGGUUCCAUACCAGGUGUCCGUUCGUCUAACUGCCAACGAUAGGAAGAGCUAUGGUUCCGGUCAUUUAUGCGGCGGAGUGGUGAUUUCCCAGCGUUUGGUGGCCACCGCCGCCCAUUGUUGUUACAUGAGUGAUAAAAAGAAAUAUCGAACUGCUGGUGAGUUCGUCAUAGUCAUGGGCAGUACCUAUUUGAGGAGCUACACCAAUCUCACAUUGGAGUACUACCUGCAGGAGUUAAUCCCCCAUGAGAACUACAAUUCCGACUCGUUGGUCAACGAUAUCGCACUGAUGUUCAUCAAUGGAUAUAUUCCCUGGAACUGGCCAACAGUGAAGGCCCUGGCCCUAAACAGCCAACUAGUGGCCACGAGCACCGAUUGUCUGAUCUCAGGAUGGGGUCUUCUCCAGGAGGGCGGUACUGCGAGCAGUAAUACCCUGCAGUCUGCCACGGUUCCCAUAGUCGCCUACGCCACCUGCCGCAUUUCCUACGGCUCCAUUCCGCUUUCCCAGGUGUGUGCAGGAUAUUGGACUGGGGGAGUGGACGCCUGCCAGGGCGAUUCCGGAGGACCUAUGAGUUGUAACGGAAAACUGGCCGGCAUCGUCUCUUACGGCGCUGGAUGCGCGGCAGCUGGUUAUCCGGGUGUCUACACCAAUGUAUCGUACUAUAAUAGUUGGAUCGUCCAGAAGAACAGCUCCCUAAACUAUACGCUAUAUCAUAAUGGAGGAAUUCGGCUGGGUUCGGGUUGGUCCUUCCUCGGGACAUGUAUUUCACUGAUCCUGGCCUUCGCCUUAGAUCUCAGAAUUUGUUUUAUUGGGAUAGGAAAUAUAGACGGUUGUGGGAUUUCGUCGCAUCCCAUGGACCACCAAUGGAUGUGCCAGCUGAUGUUGCUGAUUUUAGCGGCCGAUCCCAAACCUAGCCACGCCCUGAUUCUACAGCCGAUGUCCACAGCCUCGUCCUUUGUGAUCCUGCCGAAGAUUGUGGGCGGCUAUACGGUGACCAUUGACCAAGUGCCCUUUCAGGUGUCCGUUCGACGACGUCCUGUCCACCAGCGGCGCUUCGGAAUGGGUCAUGUGUGCGGCGGAGCGGUCAUCUCCCAGCGGGUCGUCUGCUCAGCGGCCCACUGUUACGCCAUAAAUAACUCAGUACCGCUGCACUAUCGUGAUCCAGAGCAAUUUGUGGUCGUGGCCGGCAGCAGUGCCAUCGAUCGGGCGGACCGCUUCACCCAGGAGUACCUCGUGCAGCGGAUCGUCGGCCACGAGCGGUACAACAUGACCACGCUGGAGAACGACAUCGCCCUGCUCUUCCUCAAUGGAUUCAUUCCGUGGCAAUCGCAAGCGAUUCGGCCGAUACCGCUGGCCAAGGAAGCACCCGAAGAGGGCACCAUCUGUCUCAUACAUGGCUGGGGCAAGGUCACUAAGAAGGACAAAUCGGCCACGUUGCAACAGGCCCCUGUACCGAUACUGAACAAGGAGCUCUGCCAGGUGAUCUACAAGCUACCCGCCUCGCAGAUGUGUGCCGGAUUCCUGCAGGGCGGUAUCGAUGCCUGCCAGGGGGACUCCGGCGGACCGCUGAUCUGCGACGGACAUUUGGCCGGAAUAAUAUCGUGGGGCGUUGGCUGUGCGGAUCCAGGCUACCCGGGUGUUUACACCAAUGUCUCACACUUCUUAAAAUGGAUUCGGAAAGCCAACGCUUCGCUGGAUUACUCCGAAUAUCGCCAAAUGACGCCGCAGAGUCUGGCUAGCCGUCGAGCUAUAUCAUCUCUGUUCUUGGAUAUUGUCCUUCUGGGACUCAUCAUUAGCCUUCUUUGACGAUCGGACAGCCCA